AUGGAGGCUUUGUCUGCAGCAAACACUCAGUUCUCCCUCAACCUGUUCAAGAAGAUCAGUGGAGGAAACGCAUCAGGAAAUGUGUUCUACUCUCCUGUCAGCAUCUCCUCGGCUCUGGCCAUGGUGUCGCUCGGUGCAAGAGGAAACACAGCAGCUCAGAUGUUUCAGGUCUUGGGCUUUAACAAUCCUCCCAAACCCGAUUCUGCAACUCCAGGACAUCAUCAUUCAGAGGACCAAAUUCAUUUGAGCUUCAACAAGUUUAUGAGUGAGCUGAACAAACCAGGAGUCCCGUAUGUGUUGAGUCUUGCCAACCGCCUCUACGGAGAGCAAUCCUACCAGUUUGUUGAGAAAUUCCUCAAUGAUGCAAAAAGAUACUAUGAAGCCGGACUGGAGAAGGUGGACUUCAAGACCAAAUCAGAGGCUGCUUGUGUCACCAUCAACAAAUGGGUGGAGAAAAAAACACAAGAGAAGAUCAAGGACUUGCUGCCAAAGGGAGCUGUCGAUGAGAUGACGAGACUGGUCUUGGUGAACGCCAUCUACUUCAAGGGGAACUGGGAGAAGAAAUUCCCAAAGGAAGCCACCAGAGAUGGGCAGUUUAAACUGAACAAGAAUCAAACUAAACCAGUGAAAAUGAUGCAUCAGAAGUCAAAGUUUCCUCUGGCCUUCAUCCCAGAGAUGAACAGUCAGGUUCUGGAGCUGCCGUAUGUUGGGAAUAAUCUCAGUAUGUUGAUCAUCCUUCCUAACGAGAUGGAAGACGACACCACUGGCCUUCAGAAGCUUGAAAAGGCACUGACCUACGAGAAGCUCAUGGAGUGGACCAAACCAGAAGUCAUGCGUAAACAAGAAGUUCAAGUAUCUCUGCCCAGAUUCAAGAUGGAGGAAAAAUACGACAUGAAGAGUCUUCUGAUCAGCAUGGGAAUGGAGGAUGUUUUUGACACGCAGAAGGUGAAUCUUUCAGGCAUGUCCUCCAACAAUGACCUGGUCCUGUCGAAGGUGAUUCAUAAAGCCUUUGUUGAAGUCAACGAGGAAGGAACCGAAGCGGCUGCAGCCACUGGUCUCAUCAUAGUGGCACAAUGUUUGAUCAUUCCACAGGUCUUCAAUGCAGACCAUCCAUUCCUUUUCUUCAUCCGACACAAUCCAACCAAGAGCAUUUUGUUUUACGGACGCUUCUGCUCUCCAUGAGCGAGUCCUGAUGCAUGAGACUCUUCCUGCUAGUUUAGAUGGAGAUCGAGUAGGGGAGACUCGGGACAACUACUACAAAACAACCUUUCAUCUUUUGGUUUAAGAAACAUUUAUAUGUGCCAACAGUAUCAGUACCUAUUGCAAUUUACUGGAGAAAGACUUAUUAAAUUAAUAGUAUUAAAUUUAUUACUAAAAUUAUAUUGCUUCCAACACAAACAAGUGUUUGUGGGACCUGCAUUAUAAUUAUUUGAAAUACAUUAAUUCCUUAUCAUUUUAAAUCAGGGUUAUUAUUGUUAACCAAAUCUAAAACCAUAAAUAAAUGUUAUUUCUCAUUUUCAUUCAGCUUAAGUUGAAGUACUCAAAUAAUUAAAACUGAAUAAAAUAAAACUAAAGAUAAAGAAAUAUUUGAAGCAGGUCAAAUAUUUGACAACACAUUUUUUUUU